AAGACCGUGUCAUUUGCGGAGCGGCAGUUGGCGAGGAAGGACCAUUCGGGGAGCAGCUCCAGGGUCAUCUCCAAUCAAAUGCAGGCGGCCGGCUGACCAACUGCUGCUAUCUGGAUGCAAUGAAACCGAAGAAAUCGGCCUUUGCCAACUCUUCCACGGGAUACGGCAGGAACAAGCACGGUAAAGGACACUCUGGCAAGGAUAAAGCCGAGGGUGGUGGUAAGGGCAAGAACCGGGAGGAGAAGGUUAAGCAUAAGCAUGAUCAGAGGCAGAAGCAGGAGGUCGACGAAAAGGACGACAAGGACCUAAAUUCCGGCUUCGGCGACUAUCUUCGCACUCCGGAGGCAUUUGAAAUGAUGAAGCUGUUUGUCUUCGCCAAUACAAUAAUGUUAAUUGUCACCAUGGCCUGGCCGCACAUCAAGGAACAGUUCUACAUGGUUAACCAAUGGCUUGAAAGCUUCCGCGAAGAGCAUCAGCAGUAAAAUACGAGGGAUCUAUCGAAGAAAUUAGUAAAUCAAGU